CCUUUGCAAUCCCUUUAAUCUAAUUUUCCAUUUGUAUUCAUCUCUCUCUCUCUCUCUCUCACACACACACAAAGGCAUAUACACAUACAUAUAUAUUCAUACACAAUCAUAAUACAAUUUUCCGGCAACAUGGCAAUGGAGGAUAUUAUCUCCGGUGACACUCUUAUAAAGAUUGGUUUGUUCAUACUUGUUCAAGUUCUUGUUUAUCUUAUUCUAUCAAGUUCUUCCAAUAUCUUCUCAAAGACUGCCCCUAGUCUCCGGGCAACCAGCUUUAGAAGGGUUCGCUCGGUUAGUAUUCGCCAAAUGAUUGCUGCUCUCUCCGACCUGCCCGCCGGCGGCGAGACAUCUCCGUCCAACAAAGGCUUAAGGUCUUUUACAAGACAAGACUCCAUUACUACCCAUGAUCAUUCUCCUUAGGUUUUGAUCAUGAUGUGUUUGUAUUGUGAAUAUUAGAUGUGGGUUGAUAUAUUUUUGGUUUUUGGUUGAUUUAUUUGUGAAUAAUAUGGAUGAUUGAUUUAUCAUUGUUUAUGUGAUUGAAUAUGAACAUAAUUAUUUGAUUAAAUGUAUCUUGUGAUUUACUAGUAAUUGAAUGAUUUGAGAGUUGUAAUAA